UGCGGCGGCUGCUGUGGCGGCGGCGGCAGGUUGGAGAGAAAUCCAGGUACUUAGUUGACUGGUACCUUCUGCCACCAUGGGGGAGCUUUUCCGGAGUGAGGAGAUGACACUGGCCCAGCUUUUUCUGCAGUCAGAAGCUGCUUAUUGUUGCGUCAGUGAAUUAGGAGAACUCGGAAAGGUCCAGUUUCGUGAUUUAAAUCCAGAUGUAAAUGUUUUCCAGCGGAAAUUUGUGAAUGAAGUUAGAAGAUGUGAAGAAAUGGAUCGAAAGCUUCGAUUUGUUGAAAAAGAGAUAAGAAAAGCUAACAUUCCAAUUAUGGACACUGGCGAAAACCCAGAGGUGCCCUUCCCCCGGGACAUGAUUGAUUUAGAGGCUAAUUUUGAGAAGAUUGAGAAUGAACUGAAGGAAAUCAACACAAACCAGGAAGCUCUGAAGAGAAACUUCCUGGAGCUAACUGAAUUAAAAUUUAUACUGCGCAAAACUCAGCAGUUUUUUGAUGAGAUGGCGGAUCCAGACCUGUUGGAAGAGUCCUCAUCCCUCUUGGAGCCAAGCGAGAUGGGAAGAGGCACGCCUUUAAGACUUGGCUUCGUUGCUGGUGUGAUUAACCGGGAGCGCAUCCCUACUUUUGAGCGCAUGCUUUGGCGGGUGUGCCGGGGAAACGUGUUCCUGCGACAGGCUGAAAUUGAGAACCCCCUGGAGGAUCCUGUGACUGGUGACCACGUGCACAAGUCUGUGUUUAUCAUUUUCUUCCAAGGCGAUCAGCUGAAAAACAGAGUCAAGAAGAUCUGCGAAGGGUUCCGGGCCUCACUCUAUCCCUGUCCUGAGACACCACAGGAGAGGAAGGAAAUGGCUUCCGGGGUUAAUACCAGGAUUGAUGACCUCCAAAUGGUUCUGAAUCAAACGGAGGAUCACCGCCAGAGGGUUCUGCAGGCAGCCGCUAAGAACAUCCGUGUCUGGUUCAUCAAGGUGCGGAAGAUGAAGGCCAUCUACCACACCUUGAACCUGUGCAACAUAGAUGUGACCCAGAAGUGCCUGAUUGCGGAGGUCUGGUGCCCCGUCACCGACCUUGACUCCAUCCAGUUUGCACUGAGAAGGGGCACGGAACACAGUGGCUCCACCGUACCCUCCAUUUUGAACAGGAUGCAAACAAACCAGACUCCUCCAACCUAUAACAAAACCAACAAGUUUACCUAUGGCUUUCAGAACAUAGUAGAUGCUUACGGAAUUGGAACUUACCGAGAGAUCAAUCCAGCUCCAUAUACCAUCAUCACUUUCCCUUUUCUGUUUGCUGUGAUGUUUGGGGACUUUGGCCAUGGCAUUUUGAUGACCCUUUUUGCUGUGUGGAUGGUAUUAAGGGAGAGCCGGAUCCUUUCCCAGAAGAAUGAAAAUGAGGUAAUGGUAGAUGUUGACUUUGAAGCACCUAUUUGGAACAUUGCUACCAAUAAACUGACCUUCCUCAACUCCUUUAAGAUGAAGAUGUCUGUUAUCCUCGGCAUCAUCCAUAUGUUGUUUGGAGUCAGCUUGAGCCUUUUCAACCAUAUCUAUUUCAAGAAGCCCCUGAAUAUAUACUUUGGAUUUAUUCCUGAAGUAAUCUUCAUGACCUCUUUGUUUGGCUACUUAGUUAUCCUUAUUUUUUACAAGUGGACAGCCUACGAUGCUCAUACAUCUGAGAAUGCACCAAGCCUUCUGAUCCACUUCAUAAACAUGUUCCUCUUCUCCUACCCAGAGUCUGAUAAGUCAAUGCUGUAUUCUGGACAGAAAGGAAUUCAGUGUUUCCUGGUAGUGGUUGCGCUACUGUGUGUACCUUGGAUGCUGCUAUUUAAAUCACUGGUCCUUCGCCAUCAGUACUUGAGGAGGAAGCAUUUGGGAACUCUCAACUUUGGUGGGAUCAGGGUGGGCAACGGACCGACAGAGGAGGAUGCUGAGAUUAUUCAGCAUGACCAGCUCUCCACCCACUCAGAGGACGCGGAAGAGUUUGACUUUGGGGACACCAUGGUCCACCAGGCCAUCCACACCAUCGAGUACUGCCUGGGCUGCAUCUCCAACACCGCCUCCUACCUGCGGCUCUGGGCCCUCAGCCUUGCUCAUGCACAGCUGUCUGAGGUGCUUUGGACCAUGGUGAUCCACAUCGGCCUGAGUGUGAAGAGCUUGGCAGGAGGUCUGGCACUUUUCUUCAUCUUCGCCGCCUUUGCCACCCUGACUGUGGCCAUCCUCCUGAUCAUGGAGGGCCUCUCAGCCUUCCUCCACGCGCUGCGGUUACACUGGGUCGAGUUCCAGAAUAAAUUCUACAGUGGGACCGGUUUCAAGUUCCUGCCCUUCUCCUUCGAGCACAUUCGGGAAGGGAAGCUUGAGGAGUGAGCCCCUGCCAGGACUGUGCACCCCUGGCCGCCCUCCCUGCCUCCCUCCACAGUGACUGGUUGUGCUCCUUUGCCUGUUGGGUGUGAUCCCUGGGCACCAGGGCAUGUGUCACCCCCAUCUGUGAGUCAUUUAGCUAGAACGGGUCCUCCAUAGGCCUCCCGCCACCCCCAGCUGUGUGUGUAGUGUAGUGAUGUCCUGGAGAGCAGCUGGGCUCUGGCUGUCACGCGGAGUCACUGGGCACCAGUUGUGCCCUCCUGGCCUCCAGCCAGCCAAAGACAGUCCUUCUGCGUCCUCUGGUGGUGAACCCAUCUGUGUGUUCACACACAGCCCUCUGGGCUCCCCACGCCCGUUGUGGAUGGAAGGAGCACCAGUGCCACCCACAUCUAGACUUUGGGUCCCCUGUACCUGUCACUGGUGGUGGUGGGGGGGGUUGGGCAUUACAGGUUCUCUCUCAGAAAGGGGACACUCUUUAACAUGUCCCACCUUUGGGUUAGCAGAGGUAGGUCAAGGAAGAUGGUACUUUUGCCCUUUGCCCACCCCCUUUGGGGCUUGUUAAUCAGGAAUUCAGCUGAAUCCAACUGGGCCAUCGUGAGUGGCUUCUCCCUGUCACCCCCCAACCCUGCACUUCCACCCUCUCCCCCUCUCUCCCCGUUUGCACCCAGCACGAUGUCACACAGCUGGGAGUGCCCCAGAACGGAGGUCUGGCUGGCCCGGCAGCACACAGGGCUUCCCUCCCU